UUUAUUUCAGGGCGAUGUCAGUGACACUCAAAGCUCUACUUAGUCUUUCUCUCACUCUGUGGCUGUCGCUGGAUUGUGUCUCAUUGUGCUCCCACUUGAGUAUUCUAUAAAUAUAUACAGUAUGUAAUAAUGUGAUGAUUUCUUACCUGGAGGACUUUAGCAAGGCGUUUAGAGGACGGGAUGACAUUUUAACCAACAUGCAUUGUUGGUUACGCAAACUCUGGAAGUCAAAAGUGUCUUUUUCAGCACAACACGGAGAAGAAGCAAAAGUGACAAAAUCUUCAACAUCCCCUGUCAACAGUGUGUCACCGCCGCCUUCAACGACGUCACCAAAGACAGCACCGUCUGAUCCCCUACAGCCUCCGUCUGCUCUGAGCUCACCGCAGCGAUGGAGCAGAAAGUAUGAUGUGCUCGUGUGCCACAGCUGUGUGGACAGUGACGCUGAAGAGGGAGGACGCCUGGUCUCUUUCCUGGAGGCUUCUCCCCGUAGUCUUAGGUGCUUUCUCGGGGGAAGGGAUGACUGUCCAGGAGGGGCAGUUUCCACAGAAUUAUGCAAGGCUGUGCUGAACAGCCAUGUUUGGGCUCUGCUCAUCACUCCUAACUUCCUGCAGGAUGAUUGGUGCCAGUAUAUGACACAACAGGCUCUAGCAGAGGGACCUAUGUCCCAUCGGAUUAUUCCACUGGUUAAGAACCUGUCCCGCUCUCAGGUUCCUCAGGAACUGAAGUUCUUUAUCAGCAUUGACCUGAACAAUAACCCUGACAGGGGUUACACGAUCCUUCACCAAACUGUGCUCAAGUACCUGGAAGAUCUAGUUAAAAGACAUGAAGAUACUUGACUGCUGUACUUGGAAAGCUCCACCAAACAACUGAGUGGAGAAUUCAGUUCAAAAAGACAAGCUGCUGUCAAAAUAUCAAUUAGAGGAGACUUCAGCCCAGAAGAAGUGAUAAAGAGAAGAGAUGGAGUCUGCAGUCAUCAAAAAAGAUAGAGUCUGCAGUCAUCAAAAAAGAUAAAGAAAGACGGGGUGAUGAAGUGCAUGUUGCUCUGAAAGGAAAACACUGGUGCUAUUGACUUGGCUGAACUUUAUGUAACGAAGCAGUCAAGUGAUUUGAUUGAUUUUUUAGGGGUCUUUUCGCCUUUUGUAGUAGAGAUAGGACAGCGGAUAGGAGAGAGUGGGCAACAACAAACCGGGAAAGGAGCCACAUGCUGGAUUUGAACCCCCGGGUCAGGCCAUCCUGAGGACCACACAGCCUCCAUAAAUGGGACAUCUGAACAAACCGGCGUUCCUUUUAGGUCAUUCUUAAAUCAGAUGUCUGUCAUGCUUUAAAAAGUGGUUUGGUGAAGCUUCCUCUUGUGUGGCCUUUAUAGCCUAUGCAGUUCCCCACCAAGACUUUAUAGGCUUCCCUCUCAGAUAAAUCAACAAUGGACGUGACAUCUUUUUUUCAAACAGGAAGAAGGAAAAUUGCUAACUACUAAAUUGCAACGUGUGAUCAAAUGUCGAAACCUACAGGACAACUCUAUAAACCUUGAUAUAUUUGAAACUGACUCUUAAAUGCGUCUAAAUAGUUUAGUUGUGUUCCUUUGCACUAAGAAGUGUUUCAAAUAUCAGAUUUCUUGACCACAUCAUAGAUGGUUAAAAGGAACAUAUUAUGAGAAAUCCUCUUCUACAGUGUUUCUGAACAUAUAUUUGGGUAACCUGAGUGUCUACUGACCCCCAAAAUGUGAAAUAAACC